AUGGCCUCCCCGCCUCCGUCAAACCAUCGCGGCUGCGACUCGCCCCCACUGUCCCCGCGGCAAUCCGUCGCGGAGGACGACCAGCUUCAGAACACAUCUUCGCAAAUGGCCAGACGAGAGCGGCAUCCUGCGCUGGAAUCACCACCCAGCCACGUUGUGCAUCCACCAAGGUCCAACCCUGGCAACCCUGGCAACCCUGGCAACCCGGCAGGCGGCGUUGCGCGAAGGCCAUCGUUUCCGAGAAGCGCAACUUCGAGGCAUUCGCUAGUGGCAGACCAUAAGCUCGAGCUUGGACAUGAGACGCACGUUUUAUUUCCCAUCGUCUCGAGAGACUCUGGGGCUGACAUGGGCUCAGCCGGAGCCGCCGGUGAGAGCCAGCGCCCAGCUCAGACGGCAGAUGGCGUGCCGACGAGGGCAAAGCCAGCCGACGAUAGAGCGACCCAGAACCUUCGAGAUUCUAUCCGUCGGUUACGGCCAGGCAAGUCGGGUGGAGAAAAAGCAAAGGACGCCCUACACGCCGCCUCCUUGAGAGAGACCGUCGUGCUCAUUCUGGCCGCCGCGUACCAAAAACUCGUCAACGAGACCCUGUUGCGCCGCAAGCCUCUUCUACCCAGCCGCGAUGGUCGCCAUAUCCCCCUCAACUCGUCUUGCAAGCUGCUCGACGAACGCAGCCAGAAGCCGUACGUGAGCAAUUUUAUCCGAUCCAGCCGAUAUACCGCCUACGACUUUGUUCCAAAGCAGCUGGUGUUUCAGUUCAGCAAGCUCGGCAACUUUUACUUUCUGCUCAUGGGCGUGCUGCAAAUGAUCCCUGGGUUGAGCACAGUCGGCAGGUGGACAACCAUUGCACCCCUGUCAAUCUUUGUUGCCUUCAGCAUGGCCAAGGAAGGAUUCGAUGAUUACAGGCGGUACCAGCUGGACAAGUCGGAGAAUCGAAGCCAGGCAUGGGUGCUGAACCAAAGCCGGAGCGACGGUCCAAAGGGAGGAAAGCAGGUGGUGGGCAGGCCGCAGUCACCCGAGGUCAAGCUUGGGGUCAGCGUCCAGACCAAGCCCAUGAGCGAGGAUGGUGACUGGGUGCGUACCCAGUGGCAGAACGUCAAGGUUGGCGACAUUGUUCGUAUGAGGCGAAACGACGGUGUGCCAGCUGAUAUGAUUUUAUUGCAUGCCACGGGACCCAACGGCAUCGCCUAUCUCGAGACGAUGGCUCUGGACGGCGAGACGAAUCUCAAAAGCAAACAGGCCAGCCCCUUGCUGGCUGAGCGAUGCAGCACCCUUGGUGGCAUCAAGUCGACGCACGCCACCAUCGUAUCCGAAGACCCCAACAUUGACCUAUACAGCUACCACGGCCGUGUUGUUACUGCGGGGAACGAAACAAUGCCGCUGUCUCUCAGCAACGUCGUUUACCGAGGAUCAAUACUCCGCAAUACCACCGAGGCUAUCGGUGUCGUAGUGAACACUGGAGAGGAGUGCAAGAUCCGCAUGAAUGCCAACAAGAACGUGACGGCAAAGAAGCCCGCCAUGCACUCCAUGAUCAACAAGAUGGUUCUGCUGCAGAUUGUCACCGUCCUCAUGCUCGCCAUGGGGCUCACGGUUGGUUACCGCCUCUGGAAGACCGGCGUGCAAGACAGGUCCUUCUACCUCGUGUCCAGGAACAGAUGGAGCGCUUCCGUGCUUUAUAGGGAGAUAUUCUUUGGCUACCUAAUCAUGUUCAACACGCUGAUUCCGCUUUCUCUCUACAUCAGCAUGGAGAUCAUCAAGAUCGGCCAACUCUUGCUCCUGCAGGAUGUCGACAUGUACGACCCCGUGACUGACACCCCUGUGGUGGCCAAUACCACGACCAUCCUGGAGAACUUGGGUCAAGUGAGCUACGUCUUUUCCGACAAGACCGGUACAUUGACCGAGAAUGUCAUGCGUUUUCGCAAGAUGAGCGUUGCUGGGGUAGCCUGUCUGCACGACAUGGACGUGCAAAGAGACGAGGAACUCAAGUGGAGGAAGAUGGAGGACCGGCGCAGCAAGGGCAAGCAGACUGCACAUCAUGAGCGCACACUGCCGGCGUCUUCUUCAUUCAAGACGCCAAACUAUACGAACAAGGGUGCGACUGGCAGUCUGGAAGAGAAAGGAGCCGAAGGAGAAGAUGAAGUAGGAGGAGGAAACGAUAAAGACGAAGAGAAGGAGGAGGAGGAAGAAGAAGAAGAACAAGGCUACUAUGAAUCUGCGCUGCCAAAGAGAACGGCUUCGUUCGCCAGUGCAUCCCAUUGGAAAUCGACCGUUCGACCCGAUGAGGAACCCGAGGUCAAGACCGAAGACAUGCUGGAUUACAUCCGCAGAAAGCCACACACUCCGUUUUCCCGGAAAGCGAAGCAUUUUCUCCUCUGCAUUGCUCUGUGCCACACAUGCCUUCCCGAGAAGCGGGAUGACGGCGGCUUUUCUUUCCAGGCUGCGUCUCCGGACGAGCUGGCGCUGGUUGAGGCGGCACAAGACAUGGGUUGGUUGCUCAUUGAUCGCGCCGCCCAGACCAUCAGACUCCAAACCACCGGCAAGAAGGGGCUCUGCCGGAUCGAAACGUACCAGGUGUUGGAUGUCAUUGAGUUUAGCAGCAAACGAAAGAGAAUGUCCAUCAUCAUCAGGAUGCCCGACGGCCGAAUCUGCGUCUUCUGCAAAGGCGCAGACAAUGUCAUCGCCUCCCGACUUCAGCUGAGUCUGCUGGCCGAGCAGAAGGCCAAGGAAGUCAGCCGUCGCGCGAGUCGGCGCAAGACUUUCGAGCAGGACAAGGCUCGGAAUCGGAUGAGCAUAGCCAGUACCAGGGGCACUCCGCGGACUAGUCUCGCCAUGAUGCGACGCGAAUCGGUCGACAGGUUGGAAGGACUCCGUCGCAGCAUUGGCAGAAUAUCUAGCGACCUGAAGAGGCUGUCGCACCUGGACAAUGCCGACUCUCGUCUUGCUGGAAGAUGGUCCGACGAGCUGGCGCCGACGUCGCCCCGGACUUCUUCUGACGUCUUUGGUGGCCGACGCGCGAGCUCUGGUCGGAUGCCGCCGUCCUACGACGGCGUCGACCACCGGAUUGACGAGUCUGUAGCCGCCAAGGAGGAAGCUGUUUUGGAGCGGUGCCUUCAGCAUGUGGAAUACUUUGCAUCAGAAGGCCUCCGCACCCUGCUGUUUGCAUACCGAUACAUCCAGGAAGACGCGUACGCCGAAUGGAAGCAGCGGUACCAGGAAGCCGAGACGAGUCUCGUCAACCGCCAAGAGCGCAUCGAAGAGGCGGGCGAGCUGAUUGAGCACAACUUUGAGCUUGCUGGCGCCACAGCCAUUGAGGACAAGCUCCAGGAUGGCGUCCCCGAGACCAUAGACAAGCUGCGUCGCGCCAAUAUCAAGGUCUGGAUGCUCACCGGCGACAAGAGGGAGACUGCCGUCAACAUUGGGCAUUCUGCUCGGGUGUGCAAGCCCUUUUCCGAAAUCUACAUCAUCGACGGCCGACACGGGAGCUUGCGGGACACGCUGACGACGACACUCAACGACGUGGGGCGUGGCAUGGUCCCCCAUUCGGUGGUUGUGAUUGACGGGCAGUCUCUGGCCAAGGUUGACGAGGACGACGACCUGGCAGUCUUGUUUUACGACCUGGUUCUCCGGGUAGACUCGGUCAUUUGCUGCCGAGCGUCCCCGUCGCAAAAGGCCAACCUGGUCAAGUCGGUCCGACGAUUUGUGCCCAACAGCAUGACUCUGGCGAUUGGCGACGGAGCCAACGACAUUGGCAUGAUCCAAGCCUCGCAUGUCGGCAUCGGUAUUUCCGGACGGGAGGGGCUCCAGGCUUCCAGGAUAUCCGACUACUCGAUCGCGCAGUUCCGAUUCCUUCAGCAGCUCCUCUUUGUACACGGCCGGUGGAACUACCUCCGCACUGGCAAGUACGUCCUCGCAACGUUCUGGAAGGAGGUCUUGUUCUUCCUUGCCCAGGCGCAUUACCAGCGAUUCACGGGAUACUCGGGCACCUCUCUCUUCGAGUCGUGGAGCUUGACCGUGUUCAACAGCUUGUUCACUUCGCUGCCCGUGAUCCUGCUGGGCAUAUUCGAAAAGGACCUGAGCGCCGAGACGCUCCUGGCGGUGCCUGAGCUGUACACGUUUGGGCAGCAGAACCGGGGGUUCAACCUCGCGCAGUACGUGGGAUGGAUGGUGAUGGGCGUGACGGGCAGCUUCGUCAUAUAUUAUUUUGCCUGGGCCGAUUUCGCGAAGGCGCUGUUUACGCAGGACACGAGCUUGUACGCCAUGGGGGCGCUGUGCUUUACCGUUGGUGUCAUAUUCAUCAACGUCAAGCUGCUAAUCCUCGAGCUGCACCACAAGACGGUCAUAACCUUUGCUGGAUUCGCAAUCUCCGUGGCAGGCUGGUUCCUAUGGUGCCUCUUCCUAUCGGGCACGUACCCGGAAAAGGUGGGCAAAGACAUGGUGCGUGACGGUUUUCUACACAACUUUGGGCGCAAGCUCAGCUGGUGGACAACCCUGCUCAUCGCGCUGGCUGCCCUUGUCAUGCUGGACCUCGUGGUGCAGGGCGUCCGCAGGGUCUACUGGCCCACCGACGUGGACCUCAUGCAACGGAUCGAAAAGGAUGCCGAGGCGCGGCGAGCCCUCGUCGAACACGGCGCUUUGGCGGAAGCCGGUGGCGCGGACGCGGACGCGGACGGGGGCGAUGUCGAGAUGCAGGAUCUUUUGCUCCACCGCGGCCGUAUAGGCAGCGUGGCGGGCUGGCGCACCCCGAGGGCUAGUUUCCAAGAUGGUGCGUAG